AUGGCUUCAUUCGGCGACGCGACCAUGCCUGCCACGCGGCGGACGCGCAAGUCCAUCGGAGCGCCGACGUCGUCGAGGAAAGGAACCGACAAGGAGAAUGCGACGAUAGACGUGGGCAGUACGCUUGCCGAGAGUCGUAAGAAAUCACGAAGCAAGAGUAUCGGCCCGGGCGGCCUUGAUGCCCUCAAGAAUGCGAGUGGCAACCGCAGAGCAUCACUCGCUGUGCCUUCGCGACCCCCACCACGAUCGAUUCUGAAGCCUACGAUGCCGCUCCUGCCCGAGAUCCCGACCUUCCGCAAGCGCAACGCAGACCUUAUCGACCUGGGACCGUCCCGGGCCAGCACCCCUACGAACACCACCAACAGCGACCUCCCCGGGUCCUCUGGGUCUAAGAUUGCCCUGCGCACGGAGGAAGAGCAGCAGGCCGCAGCCAGAGAGCGAGAGGAGCGCGAGCGUCGCGAUGCCAGGCGCAAAUCUCUUGCCAACCGCAGAGUAUCGUUUGCCGCUGAGGCGACAUUGCACACGUUCCACGAGGUCGAAUUCAAUCAAGACUCGACAGGAUCAACAGACUCGACGCGACGUGCAUCCCGCGGAAAUGCACAGGGGUCUGACCGGCCUUCCACGCCGCAAGAGCAAGAAGAGGAAGUUGUCCCACAGUCGCCAGAGAACCAGAGAGAGCUGCAUCAGAAGAAACGCAGGCGUAGCUCGACCGCCAACCUCAUGGAGUUCUCCGACCACGAGGAUAACACUACGGCAUCCGGUUUCAGUUCAGACUCUGAGCCGGCUGAUGCAGUCGAGGAGAUGGAUGCCGAUGAGGAAGUCGACUCAGACUCUAACAGUGACUCGGACGACGAAGGUACAAUGAUGACGAUCGACGAGCAUGAGGUCACCGGCGCCUCGGUCAUGUCUGGUCGCACAGUCGGCACAGACGACGAGAACGACACAUUAGAUGAGGCGCUUCGGAUGGCUGCACGCCAAGCAGGGACACAACGACUGGGAUCCGACGACGAGGAAGAGGAGGAAGAAAUCAUCCCUUCUUUCGGAUGGAUCAAGAAGAAGCCAAGCGACGAGGCAGCUCAAGAUCGGGAGAACGUCCCGCUCCCACCUCCUUCACGAAAUAGUGCUCCCGAGGAAGAAGAGGAUGACGAUGAUGGUAUGGACAUGGACAUGGACAUGACUUCUGCGGUCGGAGGCAUUCUCAAGGAUAAGACCUCGCAAAGUGUCCCUGACCCCAACGAAGACAUGUCUAUGGACGUUACUCGUGCCAUUGGCGGCAUUCUUUCUCGAGUCAAUUCGCAACAGUCCGAGUCAAAUCAAGAGGACCAAACCAUGGACUUCACCACUGCUGUCGGUGGCAUCCACAAACAAAAUCCCAACGACACCCUUUUCGAUGAGAACGAAGACGAGGAUAUGUCGAUGGAGUUCACCACCGCUAUCGGCGGCCUUCUGCCUUCUCAAGUCAAGAGAAACACAACGCAGAAGCGUCGUAGGACGAUGACUGCUCGCGAUGAUUCUGUCAUGGAGGAAUCGACAAUGGAUAUGGACAUGACCGUCGGCAUGGGACGCAUCCUUCCCGCGGCGGACAAGACCAUCCACGGUGAUGCUACCAUGGGCAUGGACAUGACUGUUGGUCUUGGUCGAAUUAUGUCUUCGCCAGACAGAUCUAUGGAAGAGGAAGAUGCCACAAGAGGCAUGGAUAUGACCGUUGGUGUUGGUAAAAUCCUUGGCGAUGUCACCGAGUUGCCGGAGCAAGACGAGCCGACAAUGGGCAUGGAUAUGACUGUCGGUGUUGGUCAAAUCCUACCCACUGCCCAGGCGUCUGAUGCUGAGGAUGUUACCAUGGGUAUGGACAUGACCACUGCUGUCGGGGGAAUCAUGAGACCACCGCAAUCUCCCGAUUCCAGAAUCGCGGCCAAGAAGCUUAUGGAGGAGGAAGUGGACAAGCCUGAUACGCCCUCGAAGACGAUGUCAGUCAAGCCUGCGUCACCUGCAAAGAAGCUGGCUGCGUCGGUCAAGAAGAAUGCGUCUACUGGGUCCGAUAUUGGCAGUAGCCCUGGCUUCAACCCUUUCCAAGGCAAGGGUCUGCGCAACAGCAUGCACCGCGCUGGUAAUAUCGCCGAAUCUCCCGCUAGAAGCCCUUCAAAGAGUCCCGUUCGCAGCGUCAGGAGCGCCAGAACCCCUAGCCCGGCAAAGUCUGUGGCCGCGCCUAAAGUUGCCUCUACUCCACUAGACAGCUCGCCUGUCAAGACGCCGCAAUCCUCAAGAAAGCGAGGUCGCCCUCCCAAGUCGCCAGCGAGAUCACCGUCCCCACCGAAAGCUACUCCUCAGUCCCCCGUAAGGAAGACUACCACGCCCUCUGCUGAAAAGACGCCCAAUCGUUUGGAUAUUUUCCAGCACAAUCCCGCGACUGGCGCUAGGACACCUACAGUUGUCCUCACACCUCAGCCUCGCAGACACUCUGGCAUUGGUGCGGACAAACCUGGCCUGGGCUCACCCCGUGUCGCUGCUCUUCUGGAUCGAAGAGGGUCUCUAGGGGAUGCAGCCCAAGAGUUCGUGCCUGGGAAAUCUCGCGGAGUCACUUUCGGCGACCCAAAGGUUAUCGAGAUUGAAAUCGACCAGGAUCGGCAGGAUGAAGAAGACAAAGAAAACGGUCGCAAAAUUCUUGAGCGCGAGGCAGAUGGCGACAACGAGAAGGAUGCCACACUCAGCCUGAGAGACAUGAUUGACAGCUUGAGCCCCAAGAAAAAGCGCAUGCAAGGUCGCAAGAGUCUCCACGUCGGAAGUGCAAAGGGUCUGCUUGGUAAGCGUCCCGCUGAGCUCGAUGACGAGGAAGAUCGCGAAGACAACGACGGUGUCAAGAGACUCAAAGGCCACCAAGGUAGUCCUGUCAAGAAUGUCAAGCUCCAACAGCCCCCGAGCAUGGCAGAGACAACCGGCCGGAGGUUGACUCGGUCGUCCCAACGAUUCUUGGAGGAAGAUACGGUGCCCAAGUCCACCCCUACUCAUUCCGAGUCGCCGCUUAAGGGUGGAAGCAAGGCCAAGUCUCCCCAGUCCCAGGGCCGCUUCAGAGAUGUCGAGGAGGAUACUGUAUCUCAUCCGAUUAACCUCGAUGGCUCGCCCGCCCGCGAUGAAGCGGAACUUAUGGAUGGUCAGCCGGAGGAGCGGAUUCACCUCCAAGACUUCCUCAACAUGACAUCAAUUAGGUUUAUGGAGCUGACAACCACGAAGAGACGUCACACUCAAGCACCUGAUAUGUUCAAGGAUAUGGGAGGCAAAGAGGACAUGUCUCUGGAGCGCUGCGUCGUCGCUGGAGCCUGCACGGUGCCGAUGCUAGAACUGUUCCAACAUUCCUGCCGCGAGCUCAAGAAGUACAUUUCUGAGGGUCGGAGGGUCGUUCGCGAGAUAGAGUCUGAAACUUUCGAAGAAAACCCGCCCCUCUUCCGAGAGUACAUGUCCGCAUCCCCGGACUUCAAAAAUCUUCUCGAUAACCAGUUCAAGAACGGCAAGACUCACGCCCGUCUCGAGAGCAAGGCCCAGUGGUACGACUGGCGCAUGAAGCUCCAGGAGGGUCUGAGGGAGGGGCUUAUCAGGAUGGCCGAAGGCAUGACGGCAGAUGAGAAAGUUCUUUCGCAGCAACAAAAGCUUCUCUCUUCCGUUCUUCCUGCGAUUGUGGCGCGCUACACUGAGCUGGAGCAGGAGCACGGUCACCUCCAGGCUGCUGCUGAGGAGCUCGCCGACUGCGACCCGGAAGAACUCGAGGCUGCCAGAUCCGACUUGGUUGAGGUUGAAAAUGACGUGCAGGAGAAGACUGCGCGCAUCGCUGAGCUUCGACAGCAGCUUGAGGACGCCGAGCAUGGUGUCGAGGAGUUGACGCGUGAGAAGCAGCAGUGUCACGAGGAUAUCAAGGAGGCAGAGAAGAUUCGCGAGGAAUGCCGUGGGUGGUCAACAAGCGAAAUCAGCGCCCUCAAGAGCCGAGUGGAUGCCCUCGAGAAGCAGCACGGCUGGGCUGUCACUGGAGUUUCUGGCAGCCAGAUCUCAAUGACAUAUCGUCGCGAGAUUGAGCUGGUCUUCGACAUUUCAUCCUUCCAACCCAAGAAGAAGAACUCGCGGAUUGACCUGUGGUACAUCGCCGACAACCGUGCCAACCACCCUAUCCCGGUGACGGCGGAGAAGGAGUUUUUCCUGCAGUGCAUCAGGGAUCACAUUCGUGCCCUGCCGCAGAGCCGCACUAAAAUUGCGGACCUCCUCCACAUGAUCCGCGCUGCAUGGGACAAGGCUAAUUCCACGUCAAACCAUGUCCGGCAGCUCAACAUCACGUUCCCAACCACCGUCACCAGAACCUCGGACUCGUCUAUCGCCGUGAGGUCAAUCAUUCUCAUGGCGCCGUUGGAGACCAAGGUUGACAUUGCCCUCGAGAUCCGCGGUGCAAGCAAGCCUGACGGCAUUGAGUUUUCGCUUCAUUACGAAGCUGCGGUUGUGUACGGAGAGCACUUCAACACUGCCAAGAUUGCCGAGUUCUUGACAACUCACUUAGGCGACAAGGCUCUCUCCCAGGACGAGGGUGGUCCGUCGUGGAGCGAUGUGGUGGUGAACCUUCACGAGAGACUCUUGGCGCGGGGGCGGAAGCAGUAG